CUCUCUCUCCGGAGGCGGACGGACGGACAGCAGCUGUGGGAAGCCCGGCGGCUGCCCCGUCUACCUGGCAAGGUCAUAGCGGGCUCGCCAUGGAGGAGGCCGGGCGCCUUUGGCUGCGGGGAAGCGGCUGGCCGGCAGGUGGGCUCGCCCUGGGCGCGCGGUGCGCGGCGCUGCCGGUGGGCUGGACCUGCGCGUCUUCGCGGGGCGAGUAGACGGACGGACGGCCGAGUUGCGCCGAGUUGCGCGUCGUCGCUGCUGCUGCUGCUCGGAAGCGGCGGGGAAGUUUCCUUGCGGGCGCUGCUGCGCACUCCGGAGCGCGCUGCGUCUUCUUCUUCUUCUCCGUGAGAAAUUCUGGUCCUGCAGGCGCGCGGGGGACGGAGCAAGGGGGGUCUUGAAGAUGGGCUCCGUCUAACAAGCGACGAGGAAGCAAGAAACUGCUGGAUUGGGUCAAUUGCGAUGGAGAAGACCACUGAGGAGAUGGUGGAAUUAUGGCUGCUAUCCUGUGGCUUACCGUACACCAAGCAUCCCCACCAGAUCCGCAGUGCGCAGUGUUCAGAAGUGAAAAGGCUUGUUGAAGGUUAUUAGGCCUGCUCCUCUUGUGUAGCCAUUUUGAAGUUUGCAACCUCUGUCCCUCGUGAAAAGGAGGAACGAUGACUUUUUAUAGUUUCUGUUUGCUUCUCUUUGCGUUUACUUGGAAUACCUCUGCCUAUGCCUAUGGACCGAAUCAAAGGGCACAGAAGAAAGGAGACAUUAUUCUUGGGGGGCUGUUCCCCAUUCAUUUUGGAGUGGCUGCUAAACACCAGGAUCUGAAAUCUAGACCAGAAUCCGUUGAAUGCAUAAGGUAUAAUUUUCGUGGUUUUCGUUGGCUUCAGGCCAUGAUCUUUGCCAUUGAGGAAAUUAAUAACAGCCCAACGCUUCUUCCCAACAUGACUCUUGGAUACAGCAUAUUUGAUACCUGCAACACGGUCUCCAAAGCCCUGGAAGCCACGCUGAGUUUUGUGGCCCAAAACAAGAUAGACUCUCUGAAUCUGGAUGAGUUCUGCAAUUGCUCAGAGCACAUUCCCUCCACAAUCGCAGUGGUGGGAGCAACUGGUUCUGGGAUCUCUACUGCCGUGGCCAAUCUUCUGGGUCUCUUUUACAUACCUCAGGUUAGCUAUGCUUCAUCCAGCCGUCUGCUGAGCAACAGGAAUGAGUACAAAUCUUUCCUGCGUACCAUACCCAACGACGAACACCAGGCCACCGCCAUGGCAGACAUUGUCGAAUACUUCCGCUGGAACUGGGUGGGCACCAUUGCGGCAGAUGACAAUUAUGGACGGCCAGGAAUCGAAAAGUUCAGGGAAGAGACCGAGGAGAGAAACAUCUGCAUUGACUUCAGUGAGCUCAUCGCGCAGUACUUGCCUGAGGACCAGAUCCAGCAGGUGGUGAAAGUCAUUGAGAAUUCCACAGCGAAGGUGAUAGUCGUUUUCUCAAGUGGGCCAGAUCUGGAACCCUUGAUCAAAGAGAUUGUCACGCGUAACAUCACUGGCAGGAUUUGGCUGGCCAGUGAAGCCUGGGCCAGCUCUUCGCUGAUAGCUAUGCCAGAGUUCUUUCAUGUCAUGGGUGGUACCAUCGGAUUUGCUCUGAAGGCAGGGCAGAUCCCCGGCUUCCGCAACUUUCUGCGGAAGGUGAAUCCGAGGAAAUCUGUUAACAAUGGAUUUAUCAAAGAGUUUUGGGAGGAGACUUUUAACUGCUACCUGGCAGAUAGCAACAAAAAUUAUCCAGGUUCUGCAUCUUUCCAGAAGAGCCGUGAAGAAGGUGCUGGAGUUGGGAAUGGCACAAGUGCCUUCCGCGCCCCCUGUACUGGGCACGAAAAUAUCACCAGUGUGGAGACUCCCUACAUGGAUUAUACUCACCUGCGGAUAUCUUACAAUGUAUACUUGGCCGUAUACUCCAUUGCCCAUGCUUUGCAGGAUAUAUACACUUGCACCCCUGGGAAAGGACUGUUCACCAAUGGGUCAUGUGCUGACAUCAAGAAAGUGGAAGCAUGGCAGGUACUGAAGCACCUGCGGCACUUGAACUUCACAAACAACAUGGGAGAGCAAGUGGAUUUUGAUGAAUCUGGGGGCCUGAUAGGGAAUUACUCCAUCAUCAAUUGGCACCUGUCACCAGAGGACGGCUCCAUUGUCUUUGAGGAAGUUGGACACUAUAAUGUUUAUGCCAAGAAAGGAGAGAGGCUGUUUAUCAAUGAGAACAAGAUUCUGUGGAGUGGGUUCUCCAAGGAGGUGCCAUUCUCCAACUGCAGCAAAGACUGCCCGCCUGGCAGAAGAAAAGGCAUUCUCGAGGGGACAGCUACUUGUUGUUUUGAAUGUGUGGAAUGCACUGACGGGGAGAUCAGUGAUGAGACAGAUGCUAGUGCCUGUGAGAGGUGUGAUGAAGACUUCUGGUCCAACGAAAACCACACGUUCUGCAUUCCCAAGCAAAUAGAAUUUUUGUCUUGGACAGAGCCGUUUGGGAUCGCGCUCACCCUCUUCGCUAUACUAGGCAUCUUCCUCACAUCGUUUGUCCUAGGGGUCUUUACCAGAUUUCGCAACACACCCAUCGUCAAGGCCACCAACCGCGAACUCUCUUACCUCCUCCUCUUCUCCUUGCUUUGCUGCUUCUCCAGCUCCCUUUUCUUCAUCGGGGAGCCCCAGGACUGGAACUGCCGCUUACGGCAGCCAGCCUUUGGCAUCAGCUUUGUCCUCUGCAUCUCCUGCAUCCUGGUGAAGACCAACCGCGUCCUCCUGGUCUUUGAGGCCAAGAUACCCACAAGCCUCCAUCGCAAGUGGUGGGGCCUUAACCUCCAGUUCCUCCUGGUCUUCCUGUGCACUUUUGUGCAGAUAGUCAUCUGUGUCAUCUGGCUCUAUACGGCUCCCCCUUCCAGCUAUCGGAAUCAUGAACUGGAGGACGAGAUCAUCUUCAUCACCUGCAACGAGGGCUCCUUGAUGGCACUGGGCUUCUUGAUCGGCUACACAUGCCUCCUGGCCGCUAUCUGCUUCUUCUUCGCUUUCAAGUCCCGCAAGCUGCCCGAGAACUUCAACGAGGCCAAAUUCAUCACCUUCAGCAUGCUGAUCUUCUUCAUUGUUUGGAUCUCUUUUAUCCCAGCUUACGCCAGCACCUACGGCAAAUUUGUCUCGGCGGUGGAGGUGAUCGCUAUACUGGCUGCCAGCUUUGGGCAGCUGGCUUGCAUCUUCUUCAACAAGGUCUACAUCAUCCUCUUCAAGCCCUCGCGCAACACCAUUGAGGAGGUGCGCUCCAGCACUGCUGCCCAUGCCUUCAAGGUGGCUGCCAAGGCUACGCUGCGGCGCAGCAAUGUGUCCCGCAAGAGGUCCAACAGUCUUGGAGGCUCCACAGCCUCGACCCCAUCCUCGUCCAUCAGCAGUAAAAGCAACCAUGAAAAUCCCUUUUCAUUGCCAAGUCCAGUGGACCAGCAGCAGCCACAUGGGUGCAAGCAAAAGGUGAGUUUUGGCGGUGGGACUGUUACUUUCUCGCUGAGCUUCGAGGAGCACCAGACAAAUGCAGUAGCCAACCGGAACGCAAAGCACAGGAACUCGCUGGAAGCCCAAAACAGUGACGACAGCCUCAUGCGCCACAAGGCCCUGCUUCCUCUGCAACCCAGCGAACCACGAGGCAACGAGCCCAACUUCCAGAUGCCCUCAAUUCAAGACUCCAACACGCAGGAACCAGUAAUGGCAGAAGCAAAGCAAGAAGUGCAAAACUCGGAAGAAGAGCAACCUUCUUUGUCAGAUGCAUACUUGCGGGAUUUUGUAGGCAAUGACUCCAUCCUAGAGAACGCCAUUCAUUCAUAAUCAAAGAAAAAGGAGUCUGUUUCCCCCGCUCUUCUCUAAAACGGGGGGAAAAGACUGGAUACAUCUGCAACACAGCCAGCCACUUCUUACGGUUAGAAUCAACAGGAUAAACUCACCUCCAAAGGGCUGUUGAGGGUGGGAGGGGGAAGAAAAUGCCUAGUGAUAAUUUUAGUGAACACCUGUGCUGGUUGUGGAAGAUAUGAGGAGAAGAAACCCAUUGGAAGGACUAGUACCCCCCCCCCCCCAGCUGGGUUUUAGCAGAUUUUUGUGUGGAGUUUAUCAUCGUUCUACCCUAGUGGUCCAAGGCCACCAUCUUGCUGUUUAGUGAACAUCUCUGAACAGUUCUAGUAACGUGCUCUGCUUUUACAUUGAUGUAUAUUAUCCCUUUUCUUCGUGGUGUGUAAUAGCCCCUCUUUAUAUGUAAAUCUGCUUAGCCAUAUUGCAACGAGGAAAACCUUUCUGCUUUACACAAAACAGGACAUGUGGUUUGACUUAGGGGAACGUCAUCCUCCAGGCCCUAGGCAAACGUGCUAAAUGAAUUUCAGCUCUUGCCCUCCACGUGUAAAGUAUUUAAAAAUAAGAAGACAUCGCUCCUUGUAUUUACAAUCAAAAGAUUAGCCACUUUAUGCUGUUCCCAAUGUCUCAUAAAAGAGGAAUAACGUCCCGAGAAACAUCGCUGCUUUAUGCAGAGCUGCUGCCCUCCCAGAGAUGCGUGCCCAGGGUCGACUCACUUGGUAGGCAAAAAGGAAGGGCAACCUGUGCUCCUGGGGAAUUUACAGAGAUCUCAGUAACAUGUGCCCAUAACUUAAUUUAGGCUACUGUUGUUAUGGUUUCUGUGCUGCAAAUGGCUGGCAUUUUAUUACAGCAGGGGUCACCCAUCCUCUUGGGCACAUUUGCAAACCAGAUACCGUAUUUUUCGCUCCAUAAGACGCACCUAGUUUUUAAAGGAGGAAAACGGGGGGGGGGGAUAUUCUGAAUCAAAUGUUGUACUAAACUAUUUAAUAAACUACCGGUAUAUCAGAGUGAGAGGGACAGGAGCUGUAUGUUUCUUUAGCGUGCGUGCUCAAGGAGCGACGAGCGGGGAGGCAGCACGCCCCCAGACGGACCCAACACAGGAACCCCAGCAGCCUCCUCUCGUGUAAGCGGCUCCUCUCCCGCUUUGCUGCUUUAAAGCGAGCCACGGAGGAGGGAAGGAAGGGGAGCCAUGGAUCCUUCGCUCGUGACUGCAGCGGGAUCCCACUGCCAUCCAUAGGCAUUCACUCCAUAAGACGCACAGACAUUUCCCCUUAAUUUUUAGGAGGAAAAAAGUGUGUCUUAUGGAGCGAAAAAUACGGUAAAUCAUUGUGGAUGCCCCCCACAGCCACACACAGAGCAGCCUUUUCAGUUGGCUACAACAGAACGCUUCUUUCAAGUCUAAUUUGAACAGGUGUCCAGGAUCCUUUUUGGGUGCUUGUGCACCCAUAACUGCCUCAUUGGUCAGCUCUGCUCUGCCAUUUGUACUGUUCUGCGUUAACUUCUGUCAAACCCAUGGCUCUUUUGGGGAGUAACCCAAUACAUUUGCAGGCAUAAUUGGGCUAACAAUGAAGCAUGAAAGGAAGGAGACAGUCUAAAAGAAAAGGCUCUGAAAAGUGAGGAGUCGCAUCCCCAAGGAGGCCUCAUUGAACUUUUCAUGGCUGCAGAAGCAUAUGGUCAUUAAUUACCUGAGGUUUCCCAAGUCAUGUGUCUAGCAAGUUAAAACAAUAUUUAUAGCAAACAGUUCAGGGAAUAAUAACCAGGCCCCAGGGCACUGAGGAUCAUUUUGGAGAUUAAAUACCUGGAAAGCUAGGCUCUAUUGCAGAAAGCAGCUGACAGCCCAGGGUCCUUCAAAAAGCUUCUUCAAGGAAAUGUAUGAAUGGGAGCCUUAAAUAAUGGCAAACUAGCACAAAGUAGGCAUGUCCCCAGUUUUGUUCGUUAGGAAGAAUUAAAAGCGGCUAGCCAGUGGUAGGUGUGGCUAAUGCUUUUGCUAAGGGUAGAAUGAAACACCAAGAUCUCUGUCACCCCAACUUCUGCAACUGCUGGAGUUCCAAAAUGUAUCUUACAGAUAGCAGAGGUUGUUGUGACAGUCAAGACCUAACAGCUGACUCCUGUAAGUAGAGAAUGCAUCCAUAAGUAAUAUUGGGCCUGUCCCUGAGAGAGAAAACUAAGGAAUUUAUGACUGAAUAAUAAUAAUAAUAAUAAUAAUAAUAAUAAUAAUA